AUGGAGCAAAGUUCGUUCCAACGUGAAAGAACUCGCAGAAGAAUAUUGCUCGCAUAGCAGCAUUCACGGUAUGAGCUACAUAGGCUCGCGGCGAAGAUCUCUGCUGGAACGGCUCUGGUGGAUUGCGGUGUUUGUCGUCUCAGUUUACGGCUGUGUCUGGACCAAUUGAUGGCUGUUCUUCAAAUCUGUGAUGAAUUUUUCUUCGUCAAGCCUAAGUAUUUAGAGCUCUUUUCCCACCAGGAUUCCAACGUAGAUGUUGUUUCCAUUCUGAGAAAAUUAUCUCCACUCGUGAACCAAACAAUUCUCACAUGCAGAAUUAACGGCGCAAGAUGUAACGAGCUGUUCACCGAAACAUUGACGGACGAAGGUAUUUGCUUUACGUUCAACGGGUUUUCGUCGUACGACAUGUUUAAGGAUGGAGUUCUGCACGAUGAAUACAAAUAUCUGAACGAGCCAAAAAAUGUCACCAAGUGGAGUAUGACAGAAGGUUACAAGGUCGAGAAUACUCUGGACUCACACCCAAUUCGCGCACUUGGUUCUGGAUUUGGAGCUGGUUUGACCAUGCGCCUUAUGGCGCACAUGAGUAACAUUGAGGAACACUGCCGUGAACAACAGGGAUUCAAGGUAACGAUUCACGCUCCAAACGAAUAUCCUCAGGUUUCGAAGAAGUUCGCCCUGGUGACUCAUUCCCGAGAUGUGACUCUAGCCGUUAGGCCCAUUAUUAUGCAAACCUCUCUCGAGUUGAAAGAUUACGACCCACAUCGUCGCAAUUGCUACUUCCACAACGAACGUCAGCUGAAGUUUUUCGAAGUUUACACACAGAGCAACUGCGAAGUGGAAUGCCUCACUAACUACACACUGACGAUGUGCGAUUGCGUGUUGUUUUCUAUGCCCCGUUCCUCUGGAACACGCCUAUGUCAAAUUUCGGAAAAAAUCUGUGUGAUUCGGGCAGAAUACACAAUGCUGAAGCUAUCGGCACUGCAAAGGGUGGGCGAUCAGGAGAGCCAAGGGGCGGCAUGCGAUUGCAUUCCUUCUUGUAUUUCGAUUCAGUACGAUGCCGAAAUUACCCAAAGCAAGUGUGACUUCAAGAAGACGCUGAACUUACGGCUUGGGUAUGAAAAUCCUAAGCUUCGGGAGCAAAUUGAAAGUCGACAAAUAUCCAAACUGGCCAUCUAUUUCAAGGAAGUACAGUUUAUCACAUCCAAACGAAGUGAAAUGUUCGGAUUGACAGAUUUCAUAGCAAAUUGUGGCGGAAUACUGGGUUUAUGCCUGGGCGUUAGCCUCUUUAGUUUGAUUGAGCUUCUAUACUAUUGCUUGGCGCGUCCGCUGUUGCUGCUUCGUGAAUCGUUCAAGAACAAACGGAAGAUAAAGAUUGUCAAAGAAGCGAGUAUUAAUCGGUUUUAA